AUGUCUACCGCCAACAAAAAAGAGGCUCGCGUCACCUUCCAGACCACAAAGGGCCACCGCCACCAAUCGAGCGACUCUAGCAUCUCCGUAGUCAGCUCGAGCCCUUCCGCCCAGGACUACUUCGACCUUGAACUGAAGUACAAUAAGCUGCUGGACGAUAUGUCACGGCUCAAGAGCGAAACCAAAGCUCGCUACGCUGCCCUGGAGAACACCAUUGAAGUUCUUACGAUCGACAAGAAAGCCUGGGAGCGCGAAAAGGACAACUUGCGCACCGAAAACCAGGUUCUACGGGAUGAUCUCCGCAAGGCGCAACGCCACAGCCCCUCUCGAGAGUCGACAAAGAUGUCGGGCGCACUUCCCAGCCAACCGCCCUCUCCAAGAGAGCACAAGGAGAGAGAGCAUAGGGAGCCCAGAGAGCACAGGGAGCCCCGAGAAUACAAGGAGCCCAGAGAACACAAGGAGCCCAAGGAGUCAAAGGCUUUGCGUCGCAGCGACUCCAAGCACCGCGCCCGCGGGGAGAGCAAGGUUCGCAAGCCCACCGAGGACAAGGAGCUUGCGAAGCGCUGCAAGGAAGACAAGGAGCGCCUCGGCCGCCGCUUCGAGCACAAGGACGACAAGAGCACCUCCAGCGGAAGCUCGAGGGGCAGCAAGCAGGCCAGCUAUAUUGAGCCCAUGGGCCCCAGCGCUCCUCGGCCCGUGUCCGUCGUGGAGCCGACCCGUCCCCGUACUAAGCGCUCCGAGUCUACGUCGUACGCCAUAAGACCUACGGUCCUCACAACCACAACUGUCGCCGAUCCUUACGACCAGCGCACACCAGGCUACCCGGACCACGAGAGUCCCUUCUAUGAAGGUAGUGCAUAUGGCCAUGGCCAUUCACCAUACGUUGAGGAUGGAAGCUAUUACGCACACCCUCUACCAGAGACCACCCGCGGGAGGUCGCGUCGGUAA